AUGGAGUCGAUGUCACCCGUAUACUCGGCGCCAACAGCGGCGGAGAGCAGCUAUUCCCCGCCAUGGGCCGAUCUGAGUAUCAUCGGUAUUGCUGGGAGCUCCGGCUCUGGCAAGACAUCGGUAGCCAUGGAGAUUGUGAAGUCGCUGAAUCUGCCGUGGGUGGUGAUUCUUGUUAUGGAUUCAUUUUACAAAAGCUUGUCCCCAGAAGAGCAUGCCAGAGCCCACCAAAAUGAAUUCGACUUUGACUGUCCGGACGCCUUGGACUUUGAUGCCCUAGUGCAGACGCUGAGAGACCUAAAGCAAGGAAAGAAGGCAAACAUUCCUGUUUACUCUUUCGCUCACCACCAGCGUCAACCACAAACCACCACUCUUUACUCGCCUCGGGUUUUGAUCUUGGAAGUUUUGCGCGAUGUCCGCGAGCGAGGACGAGACAUUGAAGGCAUCAUCAAACAAUGGUUUGCUUAUGUCAAGCCUUCGUAUAGGAAGUUUGUGGAACCCCAGAGGGCUGACUCUGACAUGGUUGUGAAACAUAUUCAACGCAAAUUGGACGAGAAAUCAGAGAAGCACAGUGAGGACCUGCGCAAGCUCGGCCUGAUUGCCUCGGAACUGCAACUAUCAUCCAAUGUCAUCGUGUUGCCUCAAACCCCACAGUUCGUCGGCAUCAAUACGAUCCUCCAGAACCCAGAGACCGAGCAAGUAGACUUCGUGUUCUACUUUGACAGACUUGCUUCUAUGCUAAUCGAAAGAGCAUUAGACAUGACCAAAUACCUCUCCGCGGUUGUAGAAACGCCACAGGGAACUUCGUUCAACGGACUGCACCCUUCAGGCAUUAUGUCCGCCGUAGCAAUCUUGCGAGGCGGAUCUUGUCUCGAAACCGCUCUUAAGCGGACCAUUCCUGAUUGCAUAACUGGUCGCAUGCUUAUCCAAACUAACGAGCGGAACGAAGAGCCUGAGCUGCAUUAUCUGAAGCUGCCUGGAGGUAUUGAAGAGCAUAGCAUGGUUAUGCUACUGGAUCCCCAGAUGUCCAGCGGAGGCGCCGCCCUAAUGGCGGUCCGCGUCUUGAUCGACCAUGGAGUGGAAGAGACCGCCAACCUCCAUAUGCAUGUGUAUAUACGUAGUUUCUACAUAUCGCAAGGAAAUACUACAACAAUACUACAGAGCCUUGGAUAUGAUCUCCCGAAAGAGGAGCGCACGGACCACUCGAGCAGUCCGGCAGCGAAGAAUCUUUGGUUCCGCCGCCGAGAAAAUUCCCUUAUCGCGAUCGCAAUCACCGAUCCUCGAUUCGCAAACAUCCAAACCGAUCCUCGCUACCGCCUCCCCAGUAAACGGCACACCCACGUGAAACUGGACAAGCGAUUCGCCCAUCUCUUGAGCGACAAGGAUUUCUCUCGCAACGCGGCAGUGGACCGCUACGGACGCAAGCUCGCCCGCGACGACACGAAAAAGCAACUGGAGCGAUUCUACCAAUUGGAGGAGGACGAACAAGGAGACGAUGUCAGCGUCGAUGACGACGAGGAGGUGUUGAAGGAGCUGAGAAAGGCCGAUGCUCGGCCGUACGACCCUGCGCGAGACGGCGGGUUUUCGUCUUCCUCGUCAGAGGAGGAAAGCUCCGACGAAGAGGAGGAUGAGGACGAGGAUGAGGAAUUUGCUGGGGCGGGCGAGGAACUCCAGUUCCCGGAUAAACAGCAGCUAGAUGUACCGACUGGCGAUGUGACCUCUCGCAUUGCCGUGGUUAAUCUCGACUGGGACAACAUCCGCGCGGAGGACCUGCUGGCAGUCUUUUCGAGUUUUGUGCCGGCCGGUGGCAAGGUGCUGAAAGUGUCGGUCUACCCGAGUGAGUUCGGCAAGGAGCGCAUGGAGCGGGAGGAGGUCGAGGGACCUCCGAAGGAGAUCUUUGCGUCUACCAAGGGGGAUGAUGAGCCCAGUGACGAGGAUGACGAGGUGGAUUCUGAUGAGGAGGAAGAGAAGAUCAAGCAGUCGAUGCUGCAGGAAGACAAGGGCGAGGAGUUCAACUCGACACAGCUACGAAAGUAUCAGUUGGAGCGUCUACGUUACUUCUACGCCAUCCUCACCUUCUCGUCCAAGGACGUCGCCAAACACGUCUACGAUCUUGUGGAUGGAGCGGAGUAUCUCUCGAGCGCGAACUUUUUCGACCUUCGCUUUGUCCCCGACGAGACGGAUUUCUCGGAGGACAAGCCCCGCGACGAGUGUGAACGGAUUCCGGACGGCUACCAGCCUAACGACUUCGUGACCGACGCCCUGCAGCAUAGCAAGGUCAAGCUGACCUGGGACAUGGAGGACAAGUCGCGCAAGGAGGCCCAAGCCCGGGCCUUCCGCGGCAGUCGGAAGGAGAUUGACGAAAACGACCUGAAGGCUUAUCUUGCCAGUGAUAGCUCCGAUGACGAGGAUGACGAGGAGGCCGUCGAAGUGGUGGAUACUACGAAAGAAGGAGAAUCUAAAUCCAAGGUUUCCAAGAAAGAGGAGGAGAGGCAGCGCAUGCGUGCUCUUCUCGGACUCAGCGCAGAGCCGUCCCACACCAAGUCCGACGGCCCUGUCGGGGAGAUGGAGGUGACCUUCACGUCUGGUCUUGCGGGAGGCCCCCAGCGCGACAGUAUCUUUGAGAACGAGCCCCAGAUCGAAGAAACGACGAUCGAGAAAUACAUUCGCAAGGAACGUGAGAGAAAGAAGCGGAGAAAGGAGAAGCUGAAGGCGGCCAAACGAGGUGAGCCUUUGGCUGAAGGUGAGACGAAGGAUGAAGAGGAGUCUGGAGACGAACAGAAGGCGCCUGAAGAGGAAGAUCUGGGCUUUGAUGAUCCUUUCUUCGACGAUCCUAGCGGCAAGGAAUCCGCUGCAGCUCGGCGCAAGGAGGAGAAGCGCAAGAAGCGUGAAGAACGUGCAGCGGAAGAGGCCGCGGAAGCAGCCAAGCGGGCCGAACUCGAGCUGCUGAUGGUGGAUGACGACAAGUCGGGCGUGAAGCAUUUCGACAUGACCGAAAUCGAGAAGGCCGAGAAACAAGCCCGGAAGAAGAAGGGCAAGGGCAAAGGCAAACAAGUGGAGGUCCAGGACAAUUUCCAGAUGGACGUUAGCGAUCCUCGAUUCAGUCGGUUGUUCGAGAGUCACGAAUUCGCGAUCGACCCGACCAAUCCUCGAUUCAAGGCGACCAGCGGAAUGAAGGCCCUGCUAGAGGAAGGUCGUAAGCGCCGUCGGGACCGGACUGAUCGGGAUGAUGAGGCGGAAACGAAACCCGAGGAUCGCAAGAAGAAGCAAAAGAAGCAGAAAAAGGAGGCUGGCGGGGAUGCGGACGAGUUGAAGAAGUUGGUGGCCAAGGUGAAGCAGAAAACGCAACAGAAGUAG